UAAUAAAUGAGUGUGCUGUGUGUCGCUUCGUACGUUUAUUUUUUUGUGUUUUCUAGUAAAUAAGAUUAAAUUGAUUUAAUUAAUGUUGUACAUGCACUCAUAACAUGCUUUCAUAUGUCGGGCUUAGCUGAAACACAAGUUUUGGUAGAGGAGGGUGGAAAUCAGAGUAGAAAACGUUCCCAUUCUAACAACGAACAGAGUCCGAAAAGAGCAAAAGUUGACGGUAUGAGUGCGGAAAAGAAAUCGAAUUUCUCCAUGUUGAAUCCAAAUGCGAAUGCUACAAUAAAGCUGACUUCAGCUUCCAUGAACAAGCCGGGGGCUGCGGCAAAGAAAUUAAUUAUAAAAAACUUUAAAAGUAAACCGAAUCUUCCAGAAAAUUAUCAGGAGACGACAUGGAGCAAAUUAAAGGAGGCAGUUAUAGCUAUUCAGACUUCUACAGCGAUUGCAUAUUCACUAGAAGAGCUUUAUCAGGCAGUUGAAAAUAUGUGCAGUCAUAAGAUGGCCUCUCAACUAUAUGUCAACCUUACAAAUUUAGUAGAAGCACAUGUUAAGUCCAAUAUAGAGCAAUUUUUAUCAGAAAGCAUGGAUCGUCAAGUGUUUCUGAAACGAAUGGAUGGCUGUUGGCGUGCCCACUGUCGGCAAAUGAUUAUGAUUAGAGGCAUAUUUCUGUACCUAGACCGAACUUAUGUAUUGCAAAAUCCAAGCAUACAUUCUAUUUGGGAUAUGGGUCUGGACUUAUUUAGACACCACAUAGCAAUGAAUACAUUGAUUCAGACUAGAACAGUGGACGGGCUAUUGUUAUUGAUAGAGAAGGAACGAGGAGGGGACUCUGUAGAUAUAUCCUUGCUCAAGAGUUUAUUGCGAAUGCUUUCAGACUUGCAAAUAUAUCAGGAUGCAUUUGAACAUAAAUUCUUACAAGCCACAGAGAGGUUAUAUGCAGCAGAAGGUCAGCGCUUGAUGCGGGAGCUGCCAGUGCCAGAAUAUCUUGCUCAAGUUGAAAAAAGGGUUAGGGAAGAGAAUGAAAGACUGUUGCACUAUCUAGAUCCAUGUACUAAGUGGCAACUGAUCCACUGUGUGGAGCGGCAGCUGCUUAGUGAGCACUUGACAGGCAUCUUGGGCAAAGGUCUGGAGUCGCUGAUGGAUGGGCCACGGCUCUCAGACCUCACCACACUCUACAAUCUGUUUAGUAGAGUUAAGGAUGGCCUCAAUGAACUAUGCAAACAUUUUAAUGCUUAUAUUAAGAAAAAAGGACGUACAAUAGUGAUAGAACCAGAGCGAGACAAGACCAUGGUGGGAGAGUUGUUGGAGUUCAAGGAGCAGCUGGACAACAUUGUGACCACCUGCUUCCAGAGGAAUGACAUGUUCUUGUACUCAAUGAGGGAAGCAUUCGAGUUCUUCAUCAACCAGAGACAGAAUAAACCAGCCGAACUUAUUGCGAAAUUUGUGGACUUAAAGUUACGUGCAGGCAACAAGGAAGCAACGGAGGAGGAGUUAGAACGGCUGCUAGACAAAAUAAUGGUGUUAUUCAGGUUUAUACAUGGCAAGGAUGUGUUUGAGGCAUUCUAUAAGAAGGACCUGGCGAAGAGACUAUUGGUGGGGAAGUCUGCCUCUGUGGACGCUGAGAAAUCCAUGCUGAGCAAGCUGAAGCAAGAGUGUGGAGGCGGUUUCACUUGUAAACUUGAAGGCAUGUUUAAAGAUAUGGAGCUGUCGAAGGAUAUUAAUGUUACAUAUAAACAGCACCUGGCGGCAACACAGGAGAGCUCCGGGUUGGAGCUGUCCGUGUACAUCCUGACGAUGGGCUUCUGGCCGAGCUACGGGCCGGUGGAGGUGCGACUGCCGGCGGAGCUCACGCGGCACCAGGACCACUUCGCCAAGUUCUACCUGGCCAAGCACUCGGGCCGGAAGCUGCAAUGGCAACCCACUCUGGGCCACUGCGUACUGCGGGCUCACUUCGCUCAGGGUAACAAAGAGCUGCAAGUAUCACUAUUUCAAGCGCUGGUACUUCUUCUCUUCAACGAUGGUGACAACCUGAGCUUUGAGGAGAUCAAGACAUCGACUAAUAUUGAGGAAGGCGAACUUCGUCGCACGCUGCAGUCACUGGCGUGCGGUAAGGCGCGUGUGCUGAGCAAGACUCCGCGCGGCCGCGAGGUGCAAGACGCAGACUGCUUCCUGUUCAACCAGGACUUCACCAACAAGCUGUUCCGCAUCAAGAUCAACCAGAUCCAGAUGAAGGAGACGAGCGAGGAACAGAAGGCGACCGAGGAGCGCGUGUUCCAAGACCGGCAGUACCAGAUCGACGCGGCCAUUGUGCGAGUUAUGAAGAUGAGGAAGGCGCUCUCGCACAACCUGCUCAUAUCAGAGCUGUACAACCAACUCAAGUUCCCAGUUAAACCCGCAGAUCUGAAGAAGCGUAUAGAGUCGUUGAUAGACAGAGACUACAUGGAGCGCGAUAAGGACAACUCCAACCAGUACAACUACGUCGCGUAACCUCUGUGUGUCGCCGUAUUCUGUGUGACCCACGCGCGUCCUCCGGUACGAUUUCUUGUCAUUCAACUCUUAUGCCAACUGCUCAGGUCAUUUGCCGUUAUUUGUUGUAUAUUUAUCUUACUGAUGGUGUUUCUAUAGAUAAUUUGUAUGUUUUCCAUAAUAUAGUUAAUUUGUUACAUUCAGCACUUAGUUCAUUGAAUCUUUUAAACUGAUUAUAAAGCGGUCAUACUAAACGGAAUCGAUAAUAUGUAUCACUGUAUGUUUUACGAGAAUGAAUAAAUAGAACUUAACUAUAAUUUAAUUUUAAAUAAGGCCGUUAAUAAAUAAUAUUUAAAGUA